AGAUUUCUGCCGUGAGAAUUGCCAGUAACAGUUCACUAUGGGGGAUAUUCUGGCCCAUGAAUCUGAAUUACUUGGACUGGUGAAAGAGUGCAGGGGUCACAGGCAUGUGCUAUAGACCUGGAAUACCCUCCUUUGACUUUCGGCCAUUUAGUUUGCUACACUGAAAGCUUGGGCGUGUAGGAAUCUGGCAGACCUCUGAGGUUUGGAGCUGUUCAUUUAUUUAGAUUUUGCUGAAUUUGAAGAAACCCUGAAGACAUUUUCAAAAGAAUGCAAAGUCAAAGGAAAGCCACUGUGUAAAACUGCAAGUGGGUCAUUGAAGAAGGACUCCACGUCCCUGAUGAUCCAGAAGGAUUUGGUGGCAGCGUUUGACAGUGGAGACCAGAAGUUGUUCUUCGAUUUGUGGGAGGGACACGUUCCCAGCUCCAUCAGAGAUACUGACUCCCUGGCCCAGAAGCUGGAGUUCUACCUUCACAUCCAUUUUGCCAUCUAUCUUCUGAAGUACUCUGGAGGCAGGCCGGACAAACAGGAGCUAGAUGAGAGGAUUUCUUAUUUCAAAACCUACCUGGAAGCCAAAGGGGCUGCCCUGAGCCAGACCACAGAGUUUCUUCCCUUCUACGCCCUCCCCUUUGUGCCCAAUCCUGAGGUCCACCCCUCGUUUAAAGAACUCUUCCAGGAUUCUUGGACUCCAGAAUUAAAGCUGAAGCUGGAAAAGUUUUUAGCUUUAAUUUUUAAAGCCAGUAACACGCCAAAACUUGUUACCAUCUAUAAGGAGAAUGGACAGAAUAGCAAAGAAAUGCUGCAGCAGCUCCACCAGCAGCUGGUGGAGGCCGAGCGCCGGGCCAUGACCUACCUCAAGCGGUACAAUAAGAUCCAGGCCGACUACCACAACCUCAUCGGAGUCACAGCUGAGCUGGUGGAUUCUCUAGAGGCGACAGUCAGUGGCAAGAUGAUCACCCCCGAGUACCUGCAGAGCGUCUGCGUCCGCCUCUUCAGCAACCAGAUGCGGCAGAGCCUGGCACACAGUGUGGACUUCACAAGGCCUGGGACGGCCGCAACCAUGUUACGAGCCUCUUUGGUACCUGAGAAGUUGAAGGAUGUCCCAUUACUGCCCUCCCUGGAUUAUGAGAAACUGAAGAAGGAUUUGAUCUGGGGCAGUGACCGCUUGAAAGCCUUCUUGUUGCAGGCUCUGCGCUGGCGCUUGACCACAUCCCAUCCUGGAGAGCAGAGGGAGACAGUCUUGCAAGCCUAUAUCAGCAAUGACCUCUUGGAUUGUCACAGCCACAACCAGAGGAGCGUGCUGCAGCUGCUGCACUCCAAGAGCGAGGCUGUGCGCCAGUACAUGGCCAGGCUCAUCAAUGCCCUGGCGUCCCUGGCUGAAGGUCGACUCUACCUAGCCCAGAACACAAAGGUUCUCCGGAUGCUGGAGGGAAGGCUGAAGGAGGAAGACAAGGAUGUCAUCACUCGUGAGAAUGUCCUUGGGGCCCUGCAGAAGUUCAGCCUCAGGCGCCCACUGCAGACUGCGAUGAUUCGUGACGGCCUCAUCUUCUGGCUGAUCGACCUUCUGCAGGACCCCGACUGCCUGUCUGACUACACACUGGAGUACUCUGUGGCUUUGCUCAUGAACCUCUGCCUUCGUAGUGCAGGAAAGAACACGUGUGCCAAAGUGGCAGGGCUCGUGCUCAAAGUCCUUUCAGACCUCCUUGGCCAUGAGAACCGUGAGAUACAGCCAUACGUGAAUGGAGCCCUGUACAGCAUCCUUUCCAUCCCGUCCAUUCGUGAGGAGGCCAGAGCCAUGGGAAUGGAGGAUAUCCUGCGAUGCUUCAUCAAAGAAGGCAGCGCCGAAAUGAUCCGCCAGAUAGAGUUCAUCAUCAAGCAGCUGAAUUCCGAAGAUUUACUGGAUGGUGUUCUUGAAUCCGAUGAUGAUGAAGAUGAAGAUGAUGAAGAGGAUCAUGACAUCAUGGAAGCUGACCUGGACAAAGAUGAACUGAUCCAGCCCCAGCUUGGAGAACUCUCAGGAGAGAAGCUUCUAACCACGGAGUACUUGGGAAUCAUGACCAACACUGGGAAGCCUCGGCGCAAAGGCCUGGCCAGUGUGCAGUGGAGUGGGGAUGAGCCCCUGCGUCGGCCUGUCACCCCUGGCGGCCACAGGACGGGGUGCCCAGUGCUGGGAGACCAUCUCGUUUCUCCCCAGAAUGCCCAACGAGCCAGAAAUAGCUGUCUGCAGGCCUUACCAGUCACUCAGCCGGACGUCUGCAAAGAGGGCAAACCAGGUGUCGCUGGGCAUGGCACAUCCUUUUCAUCAGUUAUGAAUUUAAAGUCAAGAGAGUGGUUAUUAGCUGGACAUCAAGAAGAGCCUCACUUGAUUCCCCCAGCAGCCUCCAGCUGGCCAAAGAACGUGAACCAGGACCCAAGCAGUGGACAUACCACCAGGGAAUUCACGUCGGCUUUCACCUUCAAGCCCUGGGUACCCGGUACUCCAGAGACCAUGGAGCUGAACACACUCACGGCAAAAGCAUCGUCUCUGGCCCCGCAGUUCUCAAGUGGUCCCCAACAGGCCAGCCGCCCAGCUUCCACAGCAUCCUCCACGAGGGGCCUGCACAGCAGUCAGUCCUACAGGAAGUGAAGAUGGCUUCUUUCCCAAGCUGUCACUGUCACGUGUCUGAUGACCCAUCGACUUCUGGUUCUCUACCAGCAGCUGCAGGGGAUGGAUGUGAAGAGACACUUGUCUCUGAGAUCCUGGGUGUGGAGGAUCCCAGGAAUGCCAGCCCCUCCAGGCUGCCAGGCGUGAGGCUGUCAGAGCUCCACUAUCCAGGCAUCGUCUCCGCAGACCGAGCCAUGGGAGGAGGGUUGGGAGAGGCCUUGACUGCCCUCCUGGUGAGAAGAGGUUACCUGGUCAUCCUUUGCACCCAGAGGAGAAAAAGGGGUAGCCUUUGACCUCAAGACACUUUGUGGCCACAGGGAAUGGCAAAUUCCAGACUCAGCUUCCUUGGCCUUCAUAGAGUCUAGGCUAGACAUGAAGCCACACCAUCAAGCCAUCCAGACCGAGAAGGCUAUGCCGGAAGAGUCUUUUCCCAGAUGCUUGGCCAGGGAGGCUGGUGAAAGGUGACACCUCAUUCCUCACAUGAACCAACUACAAGCUAAUGAGGAGGCUCAGCCUCAGCCAGGGUAUUUGCUGCCUCUAAAUCAGCGGUUCCCAACUUGUGGGUUGUGACUCCUUCAGAGGAGGGAGGGGUCAAAUGACCUUUUCACAGGGGUCUCAUAUCAAAUAUCCUGCAUAUCAGAUACGAUUAUGAUUCAUAACAAUAGCAAAAUUCCAUUAUGAAAUAGCAAUGAAAGUAAUGUUAUGGUUGGGGUCAGCACAACCUGAGGACCUGUAUUACAGGGCACAGCAUUAGGAAGGGUGAGAACCACUGCUCUAAACUCUGCUGAAAGAUAUAAUGUUCCCGGAGAUGGGAUGAAGGGGACGGGGAAAAGAUGUGGACACACUGCUCAUGUACAAAGUUCUGAAAAAAUAAAUUUAAAAACAAGACUAUGCUAUGGGCCCAGGGAUGUAGCUAAGGGGUAGAGUGCUUUCCUAGCAUGCAAGCCCUGGGUUCCAUCUUUAGUACCAGAGACCAUACGUGGUCAUACUCACCUGUCAUUCAGCACUCAGGACAGGGAGGCAUGGGACUGAGAAGUUCAAGAUCAUCCUGUGCUACAUAGUGAGUUUGAGGCCAGCCUGGGCUACAUGAGAUCUGGUUUUUAGAAGAAGGAUAAGGUGUGCUCUAGAAUACAAAGUAGACUCAGGCUCCUCAAACAGUUGUUUGGGUUUCUGUGGUUGUUUUCAGAUUGGUUGGUUUUAUGUAUCUUGACAUGAAAUCUUUGUGUGUGCACAUGUGUGUGCCUGGUGCCCACAGAGGCUGGAAGAAGGUCUCAGAAGCCCUCACAUUGGAGUUACAGGCAGCUGCGAGCCUCCAUAUAGGCCCUGCAACAAAUGCUCUUAACCGCCGCCGAGCCGUCUCUCCAGCCCCUGUGUACAGUUGUAAAGGGCUUAGAAAUGUGGCCAGCUUGACCUGUCUCCUGCCCCACCCUGGUCUGGAAGUCACAUCUCUCUCCAACACUCCAGAAAUAUGUGCCUCUCUCUGCACUUAAGGCCUGAAGUGCCUGCUGACCUCCUAGCUCUGCCUGUGGAUGUCCAAAGUAAGGGUGUCUGAAGGGCACACAGCGUGUGGCAGAGGGAAGGACUCUGGCGUCAAGUCACUCUGUGGUGGAACCUGGGGAUGAACUGAAAGGAGCAUCAUGGAGAAGGCACUCCACCGCACCAGCCAACACCCCCGAGAUUCCACAGGUGCCAGUGCCUGGCACAGCCUUUCCCUGCCUGGUGUGGGAGCAGCAGACACCCAGGCUGGGGAGAGUUAUCUUUUCAGGCCCCGGAAUGAAGGCAACAGCGAUCUCUCCCUCAAGCCCCUACCUGGGUAGAAGUCAGGCUGCUUGUCUGUUGUCUGGGGAGGAGGAGAAGUGCUCUUUUAGAGGGACGGACGAGGGAAUCCUGUGAGGACUCAGCACACUGAGAUCACCAAGCGAGGUGUGGGUUGUUCUCUGGGAACGAAAGCAUUACCCUUAGCACUCCUACACGGCCUGCUCGCAGCACACACUUGAACCCCCCACAGCUGAAACUAGCAAUAGGCCUGGUUUUUAAUAGGUUUCCCUGUGUAACCCAGGCUGGCCUGGAACUGGCUGUGGUACAGCUGUCUCCAAACCCCAGAUCCGCCUGCCUGAUCCUUUUUAAAAGUUCUGACAACUUGGGGCUGAUACACGGCUCAGUGGUUAAGAGUGUGGACCGCUCUCGCAGAGGACCUCAGGGCCAGCACUCAUGCAGCCAUGCCCUCCGCAGACACACAUUCAUACCCGUAAUUGAAAAUAAGAUAGAGCUUUUGAACAACUUUUUCAUAAAUAAUCAAGUACUCCAAGUGCCUGCUUGCCCUGCUGAGAUUGGGGAUGAACCCAGUCUACAGGGGGGAAAAAUCAGAUAAAACGUUUGUUGGUUUGUUUGUUUGAGACAGGGUUUUUCUGUGUAGCCCUGGCUGUCCUGGAACUCGCUCUGUGCACCAGGCUGGCCUCAAACUCACAGAGAUUCGCCUGCCUCUGCCUCCCGAGUGCUGGGAUUAAAGGCGUGCGUCACCACCGCCCAGCUCAAAUAAAAUAUUUUAAUUUCAUUUAUUUAUUAUUAUGCAAAUAUGUUGUCUGUGAGUGAGGACAGGUUUUCCAGUUGCCAUGGUACACACGUGGAGGUCAGAGAUCAACUUUGUGGGGUCACUUCUCCUUCCCCCUAUACAUGAGUUCUGGGCAUUGAACUGGGAUCAUCAAGCUUGUAAAACAAGCUGAGCCAUCUCUCCAGCCCAAGCAAAACUUUCUAAAAAGUAGUCUGGAGGUCUAAACCAGGAGUGGUGGCGCACGCCUUCAGUCCCUGAUCUUGGAGGCAGAGGCAGAUGGAUCUCUGUGAGUUCAAGGCCCACUUGGUCUAUCAAGCAAACUCCAGGCCAGCCAGAGCUACAUAGUAAGACCCUGUUUCCAAAAGAAAGGAAUCUGUGGAGGUUUAGUCAUGUGGCACCUAAAAAUUGCCAGUGACUGAGGAAGCCAUUGGAGGACUUCUGAAAGAAUGGGUACCUCAGGUGGCUUAGAGGAGCCUCUGUCCUGGAAGCUGAGCCCAGCUCUGCUGCCCAUGGGAGUUUCUUCUAAGCAUUGAUCCCCCUGCCCCCUCAAUUUUCUUGAGUCUUGGGUUUUCCUGUGUAGCCCUGGCUGUCCUGGAACUCACUAUUUAAACCAGGCUGGCCUCAAACUUGGAGAUCCACAUGUCUCUGCCUCCCAAGUACUGGGAUUAAAAGUAUCACCACUUUUUAAAAGUUUGUGCCCAACUCAAACUUUGAAUAAAUAAAUAAAAGCAAGUCUGACCCUGCACUUGCAUGACACUACCUGCUUGCCUAGUCCUAAUCCUGGUCCUUGUUACAACAAAACUUUAUUUAUAAAGUAAGCAGCUAGGCACAUGGGCAAGUUUCCUUAUUUAACUUUUUUUGGUUUUUUUUGGGUUUUUUUCAAGACAGAGUUUCUCUUUGUAGGUUUGGUGCCUGUUCUGGAACUCACUCUGUAGACUAGGCUGGCCUCGACCUUAUUUGACUUUUUAAAUACUACAUUAAAGUAUUAUUUAUCUUGA